AUGGUGAGUGAUUUGUUCGAUAAAAAUACGUAGCUGCACUGUAGUUGGAAACCGACUUGAAUUUGCGUCAAGUCGUGAAGAAUACAACUUUUGACCUGACUUUUGCCGAUGUAUUUUACUGACUUCUAUGAUUGAUGAUGGUUGGACUUUUCAUAUGGUUAUUUCGUUGGUUGCUGAAUAUUGGUGUAGUGAACAUAGUGACAUUGGUGAAAUUGGUUGAAACCAGUAAAGUUUGAUUAGGCAUGUGUUCACCAUCUUAUUCGAAAUCAUAGAAGUCUUUGAAAGUUCACAUCCACCACGAGACAAUCGACCAUAGGAGUCGAGUCGAUAAAAAGCCAUCGAACCGACUUGACUUGAAAAUAAAAAUUUCCUAUAGCAAAAUAUUUUGUCUAAUUCAAUUUAUUUCCAGAACUCAUGCCAAUAUGGUCCACCAACAGUCGUCUUUUCGACAUCAAAUAAACUCAAGAUGAAUUGGAAGCGACUACCUUGUGGGACGGAUGCAUCGCCUCCAGGAAUCUAUGUUCGAAAUCGAAUCUAGUAAAUCAACAAUUCGAUACUUAAUGUAAAUUCUCUUGUUCUGUUCGUUUUUGUGAAAAUAAAUUGUCAAACUUGAGUCUUAUUCUGAUUUACCCCUACUACACCACUACAAAACCACUUUGACACCCCUAUAGUGGUACUAAAAAAAAGUUUGCAUAGUACCCCUACAGGUGUACUCAUUACACCCACAAGUCAAAAACUUUGUAGUGCCCCUAUAGGGGUACUAUAGUACCCACAAGGCAAAAACACUGUGAGCGGUUCCAUGGUGUAGCGGUUAGCACUCAGGACUUUGAAUCCUGCGACCCGAGUUCAAAUCUCGGUGGAACCUUCUUUUUAAAAUUUCAUUUUUUGCAGGCCAACAUUUUAUCCUUCUUUGUUUUCACCGAUAAAGCAGCCGAAUGGACAGAAGCUCCAACCAAUACAGUAACUUAUAAAAAAGACGAAGGAGUUGCGAAAAUCGCCUGA